AUGGAUGUGGCCAUGUAUUUGCAGCUGUUGACAUUCUUCGUGGGCUGGAUCCUAGAAGGGCCUGAGAUUGACAUAAGUGACAAAAUGGAUCGCUGUGAAGCAUCUAGAGAAACAAUCCGGUCUGUCCUUAGUGCGACUGGGGUCCACAGGAUUACCCAGGUUUUGGCUGAGGCAUGGCAAGUGUUCACUGCCAUCAAAAUUUCUGGGCCAAACCCAGCAUGCUUGGUCCAGAGUGUACCUCCUCCCAUUGCUGGGGCAGCGCCUGCCAACGAACCUGGUGAUUUGGCUUUGGUUGGGAUGAUUUCCCACGCUAGCAUUUUGGAAGAAGAAGCCGCAGUUAUGCUGGAUUGGCUUGAUGACAUCCAAUCCUAUGCUGAGGGAAAGAGAUUACCAGUUGUCCUCAACUGGAUUCAAGACCUCAGGCUGGUUGCUGACCCAUCCAUUGGUGUCAGUGAUUUGACCCAAUGCUGGGAGUCUUGGAUGGAAGACUUGGGCCACUCGAAGGUGCGCACAGCUUUGAAGCCUCCAGAUGGCACCUCAUGGAAGACGUCUCCUGAGCCUGCCUGGCUUGCCUCCGUCAGUGAGCGAGCUGGGACGAAGAAUAUAGAUACAGGAAAGAUGUCUAGCCAAGAGUUCACGGAGCAAGUGGAUGAGUGGGUGCGCAUAGGCCUUGCACAGCUGAGAACUUUGAGGAUGUCCCAACUUGCCCGCACUCGCUGCUUCCGCAAGUCCAGCCCUGAAGAACAACAGAAGCUUGAAAAACUGAUGGGAUGCUUGACUGAAGUGGAUGCAGAAGAGAGUUUAGUCUCCAAAGAACAGGUUCAGGCUAUCGUUCCUGUCGCACAGGCACAAGAUGAAGAUCCAAUGCGAGAAUCCUCCAGCAGUGCCAAGCCAGCACCUAUUCAGGUGCAGCUGCCCUUAGACCCUUCAGAAGUUUUCGCGUCGGUCCUCAACAAAGAGGCUGGAAAGGCCGUUCCAAGCCCAGUUCGUCAGCAAAGAGUCGAAGCACAGGGGAACCAGUUCAAUGGUUUUCUUUCUGGUCUGAUGACCAUGGGAGCCCGUGGCAAAGAUGGAGAUUAUGAUCUCUUGAAGGCAUGUGAAAAGCGAAUGCCUCUCAACGAGGGCUUCUCCAGCCAGCUCCAGAGGUCAAACAAGGAGAUAAAGAAGCUUGAAGAAGAAAGAAACACCUUGCAGAUGGAUGAAGUAGCACAGCCACCUGAGGAGUCUCAGGAUCAAGGUGCAGCCAUGUCUGAUGGUUCUGGUGAAAAAAAUGAGAUACCAGAGGGAUUUGACCCUCAAGCGAGCCGUGCUCUCAACCGCAAGAGGUUCACAAGCAGAGCCUGGCACGCUGGGAUGGACCAAGCCAUUGCCCAAGGUUUGCACGGUGAUGAGGCAAAAGAAAAAGCAAGAGAAAGCUCGCAGAAGGCUUCAGAAGAGUUUGUCCGCCUUUGGCCCAACCCCAAGCCCAAGAUGGCAGCCAAGAAAAAGGCAGGCUCGGCUACCAAUUUUGGGACUUGCAUCCCUUCUUUGAAGAAGCAGAAGCCUGACACCAGCAAGGAGAAUGUCCCGCCUGUGCAGAAGAGCCAGGAUGUCGACUAG